AUGUUUUUAACUAGAUCAGAAUAUGACCGUGAUGUAAAUACAUUCUCAUCAGAAGGUCGUUUGUUUCAAGUAGAGUAUGCGCUGGAGGCAAUCAAGUUGGGAUCAACAGCGAUCGGAAUUCAAUGUGAGGAAGGUGUUGUAUUGGCAGUCGAGAAGAGAUUGACAUCGACAUUGUUGGAGCCAUCAUCAAUCCAGAAGGUCGUUGAGAUCGACUACCACUUGAUCUGUGCAAUGUCUGGUCUCACUGCUGACUCUCGUACCAUUAUAGAUCACGCACGUAUCGAAACUCAAAAUCAUAGAUUCAACUUUGACGAACCAAUGGGUGUAGAAUCUUGUGUACAAUCAAUCUGUGAUCUCGCGCUUCGUUUCGGUGAGAAUCGUAAAGAAGGUGAAGAGAAAAUGAGUCGUCCAUUUGGUGUUGCUUUGUUGAUUGCAGGUGUAGAUGAAAGAGGACCAUCUUUAUAUCAUUCAGAUCCAUCCGGUACUUUUACACAAUAUAAUGCAAAGGCUAUUGGUGCCGGUUCAGAGGGUGCACAGAUUACACUGCAAGAAAAGUAUUCAAAGACAUUGACAUUGAUAGAGGCACAGCAGUUGGCAUUGACCACAUUGAAACAAGUCAUGGAAGAAGCAAUCACCACCACCAACGUCGAAGUCGCCGUCAUUACAAAGAAAGACAAGAAGUUUAAGAUCUAUAACAAAGAGGAUUUAGAAGGUCUUAUUGCCACCCUUUAA